AUGUCUCAUCAAAUAGACAAAUUUGAAAGGCAGGCCUUCUCUAGAAAUAAUAAUACUUCUAGUGACCACGAUUCUGAUGAAAGUGACAUUGAUAUAGAUCAAUUAAUGGAUGAAUUGGAUAAUGAUGAAGAAAUUCAAAAUAUUGUAUCUAAGCAGAGAGAAGCAAGAUUACAACAAUUAUCGGAUCAUUUGAAAAAUGUCUCCAAGAAGACUUCAGAAGAUGAAAAUUUUGGUAACUUAGAGACAAUCGAAGAUGAAGCUAAAUUGAUAAAACUAACAAGUUCAUCUAGUAUACCAGUAAUUAUACAUUUUCAAUUACCACAUUUCAAAAAAUGCCAAUAUAUGGAUCAACAGUUAAGUAAAUUAGCAAGAAAGUACCUUAAUACAAAAUUCAUCAGGACCAAUGUUGAAGAUUGUGCAUUUUUAGUUGAUAAGCUUGAAAUAAAAGUUUUACCAUUUGUUGUCGGAUAUAUAAAUGGACUUGAGAGGACAAGAAUUGUGGGAUUUUCAAAAUUGGGGACUGAUCCAAAUUCUUUUGAGUUAGGUGCAUUAGAGAGAUAUCUUUUGUCGGAAAGAUUAAUAAAAUCCAAUACAUCCGGUUUUUUAAAAUCUACGAAGAUUAAAUCUAAUUAUGAGAGUGACAGUAGUCUGGAUCUUUAG